ACGCGCAACUCAAUUGAGUUGAGAGAGAAAGUAAAGCGACAAGCACAGAAAGUAUAAAAGUAAGCGAUGAAGCGCCCUGCGGUCCAGGGGCUGUUAUCGACUGCGCUGUGUGUGUAGCGCCGGCUUUGCUCUGACUCCUCAAACAGCACAGCCUAUACUGUAGAAGGACCUCUCCUGAAGAGGCGGGACGGGAGCAGAUGCAGGCUCCCCCACAUCUCUUCACUGUCAAUGCCUGCCCCUGGGUCAGCAGUUUCUGCCGGCUUAGUGAAAUAGGGAAUAGGCAAUCCACGGGGACUGGAACCAUGUCUGUCAGCAUGCACGAGAACCGCAAGUCCCGCUCCAGCACAGGCUCUAUGAACAUCUCCUUGUUCCACAAGCCCUCGCACCCGGACAGCGUGCUCACCCACCUCAACACCCUGCGCAAGCAGUGCAUGUUCACUGACGUCACCCUGUGGGCGGGCGAGCGCUCCUUCUCCUGCCACCGCGCUGUGCUGGCUGCCUGCAGCCACUACUUCGAGGCCAUGUUCAGCGGGGGUCUGCGCGAGAGCCUGGACAGCGAGGUGAACUUCCACGACAGCGUGCACCCCGAGGUGCUGGAGCUGCUGCUGGACUUUGCCUACUCCUCGCGGGUCGUCAUCAACGAGGAGAAUGCGGAGUCCCUACUGGAGGCCGGUGACAUGCUCCAGUUCCACGACAUCCGGGAUGCAGCGGCUGAGUUCUUGGAGAAGAACCUGCACUCCUCCAACUGCCUCGGCAUGAUGCUGCUGUCGGACGCCCACCAGUGCAAGCGCCUCUACGAGCUCUCCUGGAGGAUGUGCCUGGUAAACUUUGAGGCUGUGAAGGACACAGAGGACUUCUAUGGACUCUCCAAGGACAAGCUCUUGGAUCUCAUCCUCAGUGACGAGCUGGCGAUCGAGGAUGAGCAAAUAGUCUACCAUGCCGUCAUCCGCUGGGUCCGCUGUGACCUGGACAGCAGGAAAGACCACCUCCCAGAACUCCUUAGUGUGAUCCGCCUGGCCCUGCUGCCUUCUGAGUACCUGAUCGAGACGGUGGCCUGCGAGGAGCUGGUGCUCUCAGACAAGAGGAGUCGGCAGAUUGUGGAAGAGGCUGUCCAGUGCAAGAAGAAGAUCCUUCAGAAUGAUGGAGUGGUCACCAGCACCUGCGCCCGCCCCCGCAUGGCUGGACACACCCUGCUCAUCCUGGGGGGCCAGACCUUCAUGUGCGACAAGAUCUACCAGGUGGACCACAAGGCCAAGGAGAUCAUCCCCAAGUCAGACCUGCCCAGCCCCAGGAAGGAGUUCAGUGCCUGUGCCAUUGGGUGCAAAGUGUACGUAACAGGGGGGCGGGGGUCUGAGAAUGGUGUCUCCAAGGAUGUUUGGGUUUAUGACACGGUUCACGAAGAGUGGUCUAAAGGCGCCCCUAUGUUGAUCGCUCGCUUUGGCCAUGGCUCUGCUGAACUGGAGAACUGCUUGUAUGUCGUUGGUGGACACACAGCCAUAGUGGGCGUAUUCCCUGCCUCCCCUUCUGUCUCUCUAAAGCAGGUGGAGAGGUACGACCCCCUCACCAAUAAAUGGAUAAUGAUGGCGCCCCUGAGGGACGGAGUAAGCAACGCGGCCGUGGUCAGCGCUAAACUGAAACUGUUUGUCUUCGGCGGCACCACCAUCCACCGGGACAAAGCCUCCAAGGUCCAGUGCUACGACCCUGUGGAAAACCGCUGGGCCAUCGCAGCCGAGUGCCCCCAGCCCUGGCGAUACACAGCCGCAGCGGUCUUAGGCAGCCAGAUCUUCAUCAUGGGCGGCGACACCGAAUUCACUGCCGUCUCUGCCUACCGCUUCGACUGUGAGACCAAUCAGUGGACGCGAGUCGGGGACAUGACCUCCAAACGCAUGAGCUGCCAAGCCGUGGCUUCCGGCAACAAGCUCUACGUGGUGGGGGGCUACUUUGGCACCCAGCGCUGUAAGACGUUAGACUGCUACGACCCUACCUCUGACAGCUGGAAUACUAUAACCACUGUGCCUUACUCCCUCAUUCCUACUGCGUUUGUCAGCACCUGGAAACACCUGCCUGCCUGAGACGGGAGCUUCACCAAGGAGUUCAACAUUCAACCAAAUUAAGGUGCCAUGGUUUUGCUCACAGCAUCCUUCCAACCCCAGGGCUGGAAUAGGAACUCCUGAUUGGGCGACAGGGCAGUGGCUGGACAGUCUGUUUUUUUUUUUUUUUUUUUUUAAACAGCCUUCUGAUUACCUGACAGGAGUGGAGCAGAACUGGAGGAAGUCUGGUUUCCAUAGCAACAAUGGAAGGGGCUCCUGGGAUUGUCUCCGUCCCCUGAUUUCUGUGGAGUCUCUUUAGCCACAUUGCUGAUGAGCUGGUAUACUAACCGAGAUGCAUUUUUUUCUCAAACUUUUAACUCGUUCUGU